AUGAAACGUUCAUCGGUUUGGAUGGUGUCGAUUUGCGUGUCGUUGGUUCUACUUUCUGGAUUUGGCCAGUUUGUGAUCUGUAGUGAAGAAAAAGAGACUUACGAUGAGAACAACAACAACAACUUGGUAAGGAUGAAGCUUGGUGGAAUCAGCGAUUCAACGAAUGAUUCAAACGGUGGUGGUGCAGAGUUCGAUGAUAUUGCACUCUUUGCUGUUCAAGAACACAAUAAGCGAGAGAAUGCUGUUCUUGAGCUUGCUAGAGUGUUAAAGGCAACAGAGCAGGUGGUUGCUGGUAAGAUCUACCGUCUUACGCUUGAAGUUAUCGAAGCUGGUGAGAAGAAGAUUUAUGAAGCUAAAGUUUGGGUAAAGCCAUGGAUGAACUUUAAACAGCUUCAGGAGUUCAAGAAUGUUAUCCCUUCCUUCACUAUUUCCGACCUUGGCUUGAAACCAGAUGGCAAUGGAUAUGACUGGAGAUCAUUAUCAACAGAUAACCCUGAAGUCCAAGAAGCAGCAAAGCACGCCAUGAAAUCGAUUCAACAGAAAUCAAACUCGCUGUUCCCAUAUAAACUCAUAGAUGUAAUCCUAGCCAGGGCAAAGGUGGUUGAAGACUGUGUGAAAUUCGAACUGCUUCUGAAGCUAGAGAGGGGCAACAAACUAGAGAACUUAAUGGUUGAAGUGAUGAAGUAUCAAGACGGCAAGUAUCACUAG